AUGUUCCAAUACGUCAACUAUUCGCUGGAACAGAUUAUGCAACCGACAAUUGGUGUUCCACAGCAAGUAACUAUUGGUGGGAUGACAGUAACAAUCAAAAAGAAAUUUGCAGAAGGUGGUUUUGCACAAUUAUAUAGUUGCCGUGAUGCUGCCAACGUAAAGUAUGCAAUAAAAUACGUCUGUUCAAGUACAUAUGACGCAUUUAAUGCAGUGAUACAAGAAUUUAACUAUCAGAAAGCUCUUUCAAAAAAUCCCAACAUUGUAAAAGUUUAUGGCAUGCUUGCAAACCAACGAGAAUUGAAAUCUCUCAUAUUAAUGGAGUUUUGUGACAAAACUCUUGUUGAUUUGCUAAAUAAAAACUUUAAAAAAUCACUUACAAACCAAACUAUUCUUGGAAUCUUUAUUCCAAUCUGUGAGGCAAUGAAAUGGAUGCAUUGCCAACCAAAGCCUCUGAUCCAUAGAGAUAUCAAAGUCGAAAACGUGCUCCAAAAGGAUGGUCAGUGGAAAUUAUGUGAUUUCGGCUCAACAACAGAUACACCGUUGCUCGGAUCCGAAAUAAAUGAUAGUACAAAAUCCAUUAUCGAAAAGUAUACAACACCAAAUUACAGAGCUCCAGAAGCUAUCGACUUAUUUAGGCACCAAGACAUAAAUACUAAAUACGAUAUCUGGUCAUUAGGAUGCUUACUUUUCAAAUUAUGUACUUAUAAGGAUGCAUUUAACGCUUCAGAGUCACUUGGCAUAUUAAAUGCCAGAGUAAACUAUCCGAAUGAUCCAAUCGUCGAUAUUGCCAUGAAAACACUCAUCAAAUACAUUUUGAAUCCAGAUCCUGUGUCGCGACCUACAAUUGAUGAUGUUUUAGCAAAAUCUUACGAUUUAUUCCCGAAUUUAGUUAGCCCAAAGUACAAAUCCAAGGCUGUUAAGCAACCAUCAUUCGAUCCUUUCGCACAAAUGAAUCAAUCUGAGAAGAAACCAGAGAUUAAAAUUUCCAGAUCGUCUUCUGAGCAUAAUAUUGACGAUCUUGACUUCGACGAUGACGAAGAUGACAAGCCACAACAAGCUAAUAACACUAAAAAGUCCAGUAAAGAGAAGAAACAUCAUCACCAUCAUCAUUCAAAGAAAUCUGAGAAACAUUCUGGAUCAUUGAGUGAUGGACUUAGUUCUGGAUCAUCAAAUGAUCCAUUUGCGGCAGCAAAUUCAUCAGAUCCUUUCAAUCCAAAUCAAUCUGACCCGUUUGCUCAAAAUUCCAAUGAUCCAUUCGCUCAGAGCUCCAAUGAUCCAUUUGCUCCAAAGCAAAAUGAUCCUUUCGCACCUCAACAGCAAGAUCCAUUUGCAAUUCCACAACAAGACCCAUUUGCCGCUGCGUCAUCAUCAGAUCCAUUUGCUGUACCCCAAGGAACAAAGUUUGAUCCAUUCGCGGCCCAACCAAAUCCAUUUGCUCCAAGAAAUGAUCCAUUUGCCACUUCACCUGGCCAAUUUGGAGUUCCAUCGUCUCAAUCUGAUCCAUUUGCCAAUAGUUCCCUUUCUGACGAAUUAAUUCCUCAUAUUGAUGCUCAUUUACUCGAAACAGACCAGAAAGAGCUUGAACGCCAACUAUUGAUGCAGGAUGACUUUGAAAUAGCUUCAUCUGUUACUUCCCUUUACAACCAGGCUCCAAAUGCAACAAUUUUAUUCCUAUUUACAAUUCUUCCUAGAACAGGAUCGAAAGCUCGGGCUAUAUUUAGCGGUGUUAAUCCAGCUCUUGUUGAUGAACAGCUUGGAGAGAUCAUUACUAUGCUUAAAUCAUUGUAUGACGAAAUUCCUGGAUUAAAAGGUGACUUUUCAAUGGAAACAAAGGAUACUAAAUGGGCACAACCAUUACUAACCCUUGUUGAUGUUGUCUGCCAGCUCGUAAACCAAAGAUUCAUUGAAGAACUUGCUUAUAUUAUUGUUGGGGCUUAUAACGGUGUAUUGAUGAUUCAUAAGAAUACAUAUAAUAUUAACAUUAAGCUUAGACUUAAAAUGUCAGCUGAUAAUGUCACAGCUGCAUUAGAAAAACUCGGAUCAAAUCUAACAAUUGAAUAUCCAUAA